GGGGGCCGUGUGGGGGCCGGGCGGCGGCCGGGCCGGCGGACGGCGGGAUGGGCUGCACUGUGAGCGCUGAGGACAAGGCGGCGGCCGAGCGCUCCAAGAUGAUCGACAAGAAUCUGCGGGAAGACGGCGAGAAGGCGGCGCGGGAGGUGAAGUUGCUGCUGUUGGGUGCUGGGGAGUCAGGGAAGAGCACCAUUGUCAAGCAGAUGAAGAUCAUCCACGAGGAUGGCUACUCGGAGGAGGAAUGCCGGCAGUACCGGGCGGUCGUCUACAGCAACACCAUCCAGUCCAUCAUGGCCAUUGUCAAAGCCAUGGGCAAUCUGCAGAUUGACUUUGCCGACCCCUCUCGUGCGGACGACGCGAGGCAGCUGUUUGCGCUCUCCUGCACGGCCGAGGAGCAGGGCGUGCUCCCUGAGGACCUGUCCGGCGUCAUCCGGAGGCUCUGGGCCGACCACGGUGUGCAGGCCUGCUUUGGCCGCUCUCGGGAGUACCAGCUCAAUGACUCUGCCGCCUACUACCUGAAUGACCUGGAGCGCAUUGCACAGAGUGACUAUAUCCCCACGCAGCAGGACGUGCUACGGACCCGCGUGAAGACCACGGGCAUCGUGGAGACGCACUUCACCUUCAAGGACCUACACUUCAAGAUGUUUGAUGUGGGUGGUCAGCGAUCUGAGCGGAAGAAAUGGAUCCACUGCUUUGAGGGUGUCACAGCCAUCAUCUUCUGUGUAGCCUUGAGCGCCUAUGACCUGGUGCUAGCCGAGGACGAGGAGAUGAACCGCAUGCACGAGAGCAUGAAGCUGUUUGACAGUAUCUGCAACAACAAGUGGUUCACGGACACGUCUAUCAUCCUCUUCCUCAACAAGAAGGACCUGUUUGAGGAGAAGAUCACACACAGCCCCCUGACCAUCUGCUUCCCUGAGUACACAGGGGCCAACAAGUAUGAUGAGGCGGCCAGCUACAUCCAGAGUAAGUUUGAGGACCUGAACAAGCGCAAGGACACCAAGGAAAUCUACACACACUUCACGUGCGCCACCGACACCAAGAACGUGCAGUUCGUGUUUGACGCCGUCACCGACGUCAUCAUCAAGAACAACCUGAAGGACUGCGGCCUCUUCUGAGGGGCAGCGGGGCCUGGCAGGAUGGGCCACCGCUGACUCUGCUCCCCCCAGCCCCUGAGGAAGAUGGGGGCAAGAGGACUACGCUCCCCGCCUGUCCCCCCUGGCCGCUUUUCCCCUCUUUCCUCUCUCUGUUCUUGGCUCCCCCGUCCCUUCCCUCAGCUCCAAAGACUUGGGGGAGGGGCUGCCACAGGCAUCCCUGUUUGAAGCCCGCCCUUGUCCAGGGGCCAGAAAUGGCCGUGGUACCCCCUCCUGGGCAUCUGUUCUGGUUUUAACCGUUGUCUUGUUUUGUGAUGGGGGAGGGGAGCACAAGCUGAGUCUCCCAAGGCCUGUGUCUGGACGGGAACCCACUGCUCCAGCCUGGAGCCCUGGCUUCACCCAACACCAGCCCCUGACCCAGCCCGAGUCCAAAUGUUUACAGGGAGCCUCCUGCCCACCCCACCCCCCCAGCCGCUUGGAGGCCCCAAAGGAAAAAGCACAAGACGCGUGAGACGCCACCAUUCCUGGAGACCACAGUCCAUUCUAGUAGCUUUUUAAAAAAAUGAAAGUAAAGGAAAAAAAAAAGAAAACUGCGAACCUAGAAAACUUUUUAGAGAAAAACUAUUUAAAACUGUCAGAUCCUGACCAGCGCCCACCCAACCCCUUCCAGUGAUUCCGUGCCUUGAGUGUGUCUGCGUGUUUACACC